CCCAGAGGGCAGAGCGCGACGAUCUCCCACUCCACGCCUACAAAACGGCACGAAGACGAUCGAGCAGCCAAGCGGCAUCAAUUCAUUCGCACAGCCUCUUGCUCAUCUGCUCUCCGAAUCUCCACAGUUGUGUGUUCCCUCCUCCUCUGAUCCUCCAUGGAGAACAUGCUCCACCUGACCCCGGCGCACGCGUCGUCGAUCCCGGACGGCUUCCUCCUGCCGGCCGACCACCUCCGGCCGGCGACCGCCGCUGUUGCUGUCUCUCUUCCCGUCAUCGAUAUGUCCCAAGGCCGCGACGAGGUCCGCCGCGCCAUCCUUGACGCCGGCAAGGAGCACGGAUUCUUCCAGGUGGUCAACCAUGGCGUCCCCGAGCAGGUGCUGCGGGACAUGGAGGCGGUGUGCCACGAGUUCUUCCAGAUGCCCGCGGCGGACAAGGCGGAGUUCUACUCGGAGGACAAGAGCAAGCCCAACAGGCUCUUCUCCGGCACCAACUACGAGACCCUCGGCGAGAGGUACUGGCGGGACUGCCUCCGCCUCGUCUACCCCUUGCCCUCCGGCGACACCAAGGACUGGCCACACAAGCCGCAGAGGCUCCGGGAGGUCGUCGGGAAUUACACCGCGCUGGCAAGAGGCCUGGCCAUGGAGAUACUGCGCCUGCUGUGCGAGGGCAUGGGGCUCCGGCCUGACUACUUCGUCGGCGACAUCAGCGGCGGCCGCGUGGCCCUCGACAUCAACAGCUACCCGCCGUGCCCGGAUCCGAGCAGGACGCUGGGCCUGCCGCCGCACUGCGACCGGGACCUCAUCACCAUCCUCCUCCCCGGCGCGGUCCCCGGCCUCGAGGUCGCCUACAGGGGCGACUGGAUCAGGGUGCAGCCCGUGCCCAACUCCUUCGUCGUCAACUUCGGCCUGCAGCUCGAGGUCGUGACCAACGGGACGCUCAAGAGCGUCGAGCACCGCGCCGCCACCAACUCGGCGGCGCCGCGGUUGUCCGUGGCGACGUUCAUCGUGCCGCUGGACGACUGCGUCGUCGGCCCCGCCGAGGAGUUCGUCGGCGAGGGCAACCCGCCGCGCUACCGCACGCUCAGGGUCGGCGACUUCAAGCGCAUGCACAACGUCGUCAACCUGGGCUCGUCGCUGAACCAGAUUACCAACCUCAAGAACAACCAGCAGAAGGAGAUUUGAAGCAAAUUAAUUAAAAACCAGGGCAACUAGUCCUUGACAAGGAUUUGCCUUAAUUAAGCUUCCUCGAUCGAUCGUCAUGCCAAGCUUAUUUCCAUGUCCCUCAAGUGUCCACGUGUAUCUCUCGGUCACAUCUCUAUCUAGCUGCUGAGCAUGUGAUACGUACGAGAGACGACGACGGCACGACGCAAUAAAAAAAAAAGACAUGCAAGUUGUGUGCUAUUGUUUGUUAUAUAAGAGUCAAGGUGUUAAAAAGUAAAUAAACACGAAUUACCUAUAUGGAUACCUAUA